AUGUCAGAACAAGUAUCUUUGAAGGGAAAGGUGGUAAUCAUCACCGGUGCUGGAGGGGGGCUAGGAAAGGUGUAUGCGCACCAGUUUGCCUCUAGAGGGGCGAAGGUGGUGGUGAACGACCUCGGAGGCUCUUUGACGGGCUCGGGGAACUCCAACAGGGCAGCCGACGUUGUUGUGGAAGAGAUCAAGAAAAGUGGCGGAACGGCAGCAGCAAAUUACGACAACUUGGUGACCAACCCAGAGGGAAUCCUACAGACUGCACUUGACAACUUCGGCACCGUGGACAUUCUCAUCAACAACGCGGGGAUUUUAAAGGACUCCAGCUUCAAGAACAUGACCGAGAAACAGUUCACCGACGUGUUGGACGUGCAUCUCAACGGCGCGUUCAAGCUCACCAAGCUUUGCUGGGAGGUCUUCAAGGCGAAGAAGUACGGCCGGAUCAUCAUGACUGCGUCGCCGGCAGGCUUAUACGGCAACUUCGGCCAGGCCAACUACUCUUGCGCCAAGCUGGCGUUGGUGGGCUUCGGCGAGACCUUGGCAAAGGAGGGCUACAACAGCAAUAUCAAGGUCAAUAUCAUUUCGCUAUUGGCCAAGUCCCGGAUGACCGAGACAGUCCUGCCUCCCGACGUGUUGAAAAAGUUGUCCCCCGAGAAGAUUGCUCCGUUGGUGCUUUAUUUGACCUCUGAGGAGUGUCCAUCAACGGGGUCGAUUUACGAGGUUGCCGCCGGCUUGUUUGCCCAGAUAAAGUGGCAACGGAGCAGCGGCUUGUACCUUAACCCCUCCAGUGACACACUGACCCCAGAGGCAAUUCUCCACAAGUUUAGCAAAAUCUCGGACUUCAAGGACUCUGAUUACCCAAUCAUGUUGAAAGACUACAACAACGUGUGGGAUGUCACAAGCAAAUUGGGUAAAAACGAUCAGGGAAAAAUUAAGAUAGAGUCGUUAAGGGACAAGGUUGUGGUGAUUACUGGUUCAGGUAACGGGUUGGGCAAGUCGCAUGCCCUCUGGUUUGCCAAAUAUGGCGCCAAGGUUGUGGUGAAUGAUUUCAAGGACCCCUAUUCCGUAGUCGAUGAAAUCAACAAGAGCGGGGGAACUGCAGUGGCUUCGAAACAUGAUGUCUACUCCGAGGCAGAUAAAAUCAUCAAGACCGCUUUGGACAAUUUUGGAACUGUUGACAUUUUGGUCAACAAUGCAGGGAUUCUACGGGACCGCUCGUUUGCCAAAAUGAGCCAGCAGGAGUGGGACCAGGUUAUCCAGAUCCACGUGUUGGCAACAUACAGGUUGUGUAAGUUGGUCUGGCCAAUAUUCUUGGAGAAAAAGUCGGGCUACAUCGUCAACACCACUUCAACCUCUGGGAUCUAUGGCAAUUUUGGUCAAGCCAACUACGCAUCUGCUAAGGCCGGAGUGUUGGCACUAACCAGAACGCUAGCUAUUGAAGGAAGAAAGGCAAAUAUCAAGUGUAACGCCAUUGCCCCACAUGCUGAGACCGCCAUGACCAAAACCAUUUUCAAGCAGACCGAACUCAACAAGUUCUCUACUUCGCAAGUUUCACCAAUGGUUGUUCUAUUAUGCAGUGAGGAGGUGGGUGGUAUUACCGGCGAACUAUAUGAGGUUGGCGCAGGAUGGAUCGGCAACACCAGAUGGCAAAGAGCCAAAGGUGCGGUCUCCCACGAUGAACACAUCACGCCAGAGUUUGUUCAAACAAGCUGGAAAGAUAUUACAGAUUUUAGCGAUGGCAUAACUUUGAAAUCUGCCGAAGAAUCGUCAAUUGCCAUUCUAGAGUCUGUUGGAAGCGAAGACGAAGAUGAGGACGACGAAGAUAACGAAGAUGACAAUGAAAGUAAAGAUGACACUGGCUCGUCUGAUGAAGCCUACACGUACGACCACCAUCAAGUCAUCUUGUACAAUAUCUCGGUCGGUGCUACCAGCAAGGAGUUGAAGUAUGUUUAUGAGUCUGAUCCAGACUUCCAAGUGUUGCCAACAUUCGGCGUGAUUCCAUUCAUGAACCAGGAGGAUGGAGGUUUGAACUUUGAUGACCUACUCGACAACUAUAACCCUAUGAAGUUACUACACGGAGAGCAUUACCUGAAGGUGAACAAGCUCCCCAUUCCAACAAAUGGGAAGCUCACGACCAAGUCCUUCCCAAUGGAGAUCAUCAACAAGGCUAAGGGAAGCAAGCAAAAUGUGUUAAUGAGAUCCGGGUACAAGACUUUUGACGAAAACGGUGAGUUGCUAUUCACUAACGUUGGCUCGUACUUUAUCAGAGACUGCAAGACCCACAGUGGGAAAGACGAGGCUCCUGGGGGUGGUAAGGAGGGGAUCAGCAAUUUUUACAAGAAGGACUUUGCUGCCUCGGGCACGCCUGACUACGAGGGCCAGUUCAAGACCGACAAGGAUCUAGCUGCUCUAUAUCGCCUCAACGGAGAUUUCAACCCUCUUCAUGUGGAUCCUGUUUUUGCCAAAGGCGGCAACUUCUCGAAGCCUAUUCUCCACGGCCUCUGUUUCUACGGGAUCUCUGCCAAGCUUUUGGUCGACAAAUUUGGACUUUUUGACGAGAUUAAGGCCCGGUUUACGAGCUUUGUCUACCCUGGAGAGACCUUGAAGGUAUUGGCGUGGAAGUCCGGACCAGUGGUGAAGUUCCAGACAUGGGUAGUGGAGAGAAAUGUCAAGGUCAUUGACUAUGCUGCCAUCCAUCUAGUGGAGGGUGGCCUUUCCUCUAAGUUAUAG